CCCCCCCCCCCCCCCGGUCCAGCAAACAGGCGUUGAAUUCGCCCGUGGCCGCGCCACCUACCACCCAGAGGGCACGAUCAAACGGGCAAACUUGUUGAUCGCCAAUGCGGAGUACGUCUGCCGUUGCAAGCGCUCCACGGCAUGCGAGGCUGCCUUCAAGCUUGGCUCCCGGCGGCUAUCCCUCCACAUCAUAAAAUUCUACAUGCUGCAUAAUCACGAGGCCUGUCGGGCAGCACUGGAGGACGAGGAGGAGGGACACAAGGAAGGCGACGAGCAUGCCCCACCAGGUACUCCGUGUCCUUUAUACACUAGUCUCAGAUGAGCAUUGUCAUACUCUGUCAAGUAAAUAUCAAUAAAGUUGUGAAAAUCCCCAUAACUAUGUUCAGAAGAGACAGUGGCGAGCGAACGUUCCUUUCGGUAAAUUCUCAUCAGGCCAAUACAGUUACAUAGGACGGGGUACAGUGAGUGAAACAAAAAUCGAUAAAAGUUAGGUUUUAAAUUCCAGGCUGGGCAAGAGCGGAAGGGCGCAGAAAGUUGUAUGCGGUUAGUCAACCUUUGACCACGGUAAGCGCGGAGCCUGAACAAGGUUCUUUUGGGCGCAUAGGGUCGGAUUGCGUAACCUGAUGGUGGCCGCUUCUGCUGUUGCUAACAGGCGCUGGCCCAGUAGCUUAAGGUAGCUCGAGGGGACCUUGUAAAUCACACGAAAUGCUUCAGUGGGGUCCACGCGAUGCCCUGAAUCCACUGCAUGCGCAAGGAUGGCGCUGUCUAUUCUCCUAGUUUUACCCUUUGCCAGCCAUGCGGGAAGGUGCUCUCGUAUUCUUUUGGAAAGGCGCCGACGGUAGCAUCCGAAGGAGCGCGAAGCAAGUCCUGGAUUUUUCUAAGUUCCUCCUCGAUACUAUCUGUUGAACAAAUUUUUCUAGCCCUUUGUGCCAAGCACCUGACUAGAUUCCCUUUUUGUUAGAGAGGUACGAAACUAGCUAAGUUCGUGUAUUGUCCAGACCAGGUUUUCUUCCAGUAGACGCUCCGCGCUUACCGUGGUCAAAGGUUGACUAACCGCAUACAACUUUCUGCGCCCUUCCGCUCUUGCCCAGCCUGGAAUUUAAAACCUAACUUUUAUCGAUUUUUGUUUCACUCACUGUACCCCGUCCUAUGUAACUGUAUUGGCCUGAUGAGAAUUUACCGAAAGGAACGUUCGCUCGCCACUGUCUCUUCUAAAUAUCACAGGGCCCUUGAUGUUACUGACUGAUGAGCAUAAGGAAGCCCACACGGAUUGAAAACUCUUCGGAGGACAGAGUUGUGCUGUUCAACUUCCGACACCGCCGUUAGCUUUGUGAGCCACCACAUCACCUUUCUUUUGAUUCGGAAGGCCAUCCCAAUGGAGUCUGGGCGCUUCGAUGUAGAUUUUCGGUGGCCCUGGUAAUCCGUUACAUCAGACAGUAAUGCCUACAACUUUAAUCCGAUUGGUUAUCCCCGUUUUUUUUCAUUCUCAUCAGCCUACGAAGUCCUCGAGGACCUGACGCCUGAAUUUGUGCGCUUUUUCCCCUCUGACCGCAUG